AGGAUCAAGUCAUAAUCAUAUAAACAGUCAUGGACAAAAUUGGUUAAUCAACAAAUAAAGACAAGGUAGAACUAUUAUUUUUAAGUUAAGAUUUUGUAGAAAGGGGACCCCACCUGGAAAAGAUAGCCGUUAGAGAAGGUAAGUAGCGGCUGGCAUAAUAAAAACAGCCCAGUUCCCAAACCCUAGACAUAAUAAUUCUUUUAUUUUUUCAGCUUUAAUCCACAGACUAUAAGUUUCCAAUGCAAAAGCCAAAGCAUUUUUAGUUGUAUAAAAAACUUUAUGGACCGACCAAAAAAACUAGCCGUUAUAGCCUUUCUAUUUUUUUAGCAACAUUAGUUAAAGGGCCUUAUGAAUCUGAUAUUACACCUGACACUUUUUUCAUGUCUCCCAAUAAAACUCACUCAUAGAUUCCUCCACUUUAGCUCUAUUAUUAUUAUUAUGCUCCACUUCACGUGGAAACCCCAGCUCCUCUUACUACAAAAUCUUCUUGUAGUGUCAACUUACUGUUUAGUUUCAAAUUAGGAAGAGAGUAGAGGGAAAAAAAAGAAACUAGAAAGGUUUCAUCUUUUAUUAUCUUAUAUUCUAUUCUAUUCUAUUCUGAGACUUUAGGUAAAGUGGUAAUGGGAGAUCAAGAUCGAGUUUUUAGUAGUUUUGAGCCAUACCCUUUUCGAGUUAACGAGUUUUUAACCCGAAAAGGAGCUUGGAGAUGCAUAAUUUCUGAUGAUGAGAAGGAAAAAUGGAAGAUGGAAGAUGGUGUUUCUACCUCAUUGAGGUGUUCAAAAAGGUUCUUUUUGUUUGCCCAAUUUUUCUUGUUAUUUCAGCUACUAAUAUCUGGAAUUCAGCCAGCUUUAGGUCAAGAUUGGGAUGGGAUAAUUAUCACAGCAUCAGAUUUUCAAGCAUUACAAGCAUUUAAGCAAGAGUUGAUUGAUCCAAAAGGGUUCUUGAAAAGCUGGAAUGACAGUGGAAUUGGAGCUUGUUCUGGUGAUUGGGUUGGUAUUAAAUGUGCUCAAGGACAAGUUAUUGUAAUCCAGCUUCCAUGGAGAGGUCUAGGUGGAAGAAUUACUGAAAAAAUUGGGCAAUUUCAAGCUCUUAGAAAGCUUAGCCUCCAUGAUAACGUCAUUGGUGGUUCAAUUCCUUCUACUUUGGGUCUCAUACCCAAUCUUAGAGGACUUCAACUCUUCAACAAUAUGUUGUCUGGUUCUGUUCCUGCUUCUCUUGGUUUAUGCCCUCUUCUUCAAACACUUGAUCUUAGCAAUAACUCAUUGUCUGGUACAAUUCCACCUAGUCUCGUUAAUUCAACUAAGCUUUAUAGGCUUAACGUUAGCUACAAUUCUUUGUCUGGAUCUAUCCCCACAAGUCUCACACAAUCUCCUUCCCUCAUUUUCCUUGACCUCAAAUAUAAUAAUCUUUCAGGUUCAAUUCCAGAUUCUUGGGAUGGAAAUGGAAAAAGCCUCGUCCAACUCCAGUCCCUUACACUUGAUCAUAAUUCCUUCACUGGAAGCAUUCCUGCUUCUUUAGGAAAGUUGAAUGAACUUCUUGAUCUUUCAAUUAGUCAUAACCAAAUGACUGGAGUUAUCCCAAGUGAUGUUGGGAGACUUUCUAGACUUAGAACACUUGAUUUGUCUUACAAUGCCAUUAACGGAAGCUUGCCUGAUAGCUUCUUCAAUCUAUCCUCACUUGUGGUCUUGAACUUGGAAAGCAACCAACUUGAUGAUCAAAUUACAGCAGCCAUAAACAAAUUGCAAAAACUCACAUUUCUCAAUUUGAGGAGUAACCAUUUUAGUGGUGAUAUUCCAGUCACUAUAGGAAACAUUUCUGCUCUUAGACAACUAGAUUUAGCUCAUAACAAUCUAAGUGGAGAAAUCCCAGCUUCUUUAGGUGAUUUACCAAAUCUUAGUGCCUUCAAUGUCUCAUAUAACAAUCUGUCUGGUCCUGUUACAACUGAUCUUGCUCAGAAAUUCAACUCGAGUGCCUUUGUGGGAAAUCUUCAGUUAUGUGGUUACAGUCCUUCAACCCCAUGUCCAAUAUCUCCAGCUACCCAAGCAGCUCCAUCCACCGAAACACCAAAAAAACGAGGUCGUAAACUAAGUACUAAGGACAUAAUUCUCAUAGCAGGAGGGGCACUUCUCAUAAUUUUGGUUCUGCUAUGUUGCAUUCUCCUAUGCUGUUUGAUCAGGAAACGAGCUGCAGCGAAAGCAGGGAAGGAUGGUGAAGCCACCGGUAGGACGGGUGCAGCAGCUAGAGGUGAAAAGGGUGUUCCACCAACUGCUGGAGAGGUUGAAGCAGCAGGAGGAGGAGAUACAGGAGGAAAACUUGUCCAUUUUGAUGGACCUAUUGUAUUCACAGCAGAUGAUCUUCUAUGUGCAACUGCCGAAAUAAUGGGAAAGAGCACUUAUGGUACAGUAUAUAAGGCCACGUUAGAGGAAGGCGAUCAAGUGGCUGUGAAAAGAUUGAGAGAGAAGAUCACAAGAGGUCAAAGGGAAUUUGAGACUGAAGUCAAUAUUCUUGGAAAGAUCAGGCAUCCAAAUCUUCUCGCGCUUAGAGCAUAUUACAUGGGUCCCAAAGGAGAGAAACUUCUUGUUUUUGACUACAUGCCUAAAGGAAGUCUGGCAACUUUUCUUCAUGCUCGCGGCCCUGAUACACCAAUUGAUUGGGCAACAAGGAUGAAAAUAGCAAAGGGUACAGCAAGGGGCUUGCUCUUCCUUCAUACAAAUUCCAACAUCAUUCAUGGGAAUCUUACAUCCAGCAAUGUUUUACUUGAUGAAAACACAAAUGCAAAGAUUGCAGAUUAUGGUCUUUCGCGCCUUAUGACUGCUGCUGCAAAUGCAAAUGUGAUUGCAACUGCUGGAGCACUUGGCUAUCGGGCACCUGAACUUUCCAAGCUCAAAAAGGCCAACACGAAGACAGAUGUAUACAGCCUCGGAGUCAUUAUACUGGAACUUCUAACUGGGAAGUCUCCAGGAGAGGCGAUGAAUGGUGUGGAUUUGCCUCAAUGGGUUGCAUCAAUUGUGAAAGAGGAGUGGACCAAUGAGGUGUUUGAUCUAGAACUAAUGAGGGAUGCAUCAGUUAUCGGUGAUGAAUUAUUGAAUACCCUGAAAUUGGCUUUGCACUGUGUUGAUCCGUCGCCAUCAGCUAGACCAGAAGUUCAGCAAGUUCUCCCGCAACUUGAAGAAAUUAGACCUGAAACAGCUACGAGUUCUGGGGAUGAUGGUGCUGCGGCUCCCUCAGCAAGCGAUGAAUAGAUACUACCAGAUUUCUCAUCUAAGUAAUUUUUAGGCAGGUGUUAGGAGUUUAGGUGCCACUAUUCUUUCAUUCUUGAAUUAGGUUGGUCAAGAGAGUGAUUUUAUUCUUCUACUGUCUGUAGAUACCCUAGUGUGUGCUAUUUGUUUUGUUAUUUUGAGCUGCAAUGGAAUCCUCCUAAUUUCCAUAA